AUGUCGGAAGGCAAUCCAUCCGCGGGGCAAAAUAGUAAUCCCACUGGGGGCGAACGCGGCGGACGGCGACGAGGCGGCGGGCGCGGAGCUUCUCACAACUCAAAUCGAACGGAUCAUCGCAGAAACGAAGGUCGCGCUGACGGAGGAGAACCCAGGAACUCUCGCGGCCGAGGCGGUAGGAGAGGAGGACGAGGUCAUGGCCACGGCCAUGAGCACAAUAACCCGCCGCGAGCUUCAAUGACAAAUACAACUUCUGGCCAGCCUCCCGGCAUAGAUCUUGAUGGAACAGGCACCUCCGGUGAUCACCCGACUGGAGAUGCCAUAAAGAAGGAGGGUGAAGUGACAACAGGCAAGCAAUUGACUGCAGCUGCCACGGACGAGCCUGACGAUGGCGAAGUAUGUUUUAUUUGUGCUUCGACCGUUGAGCAUACGUCCGUGGCACCCUGUAAUCAUAGGACUUGCCAUAUUUGUGCGCUUAGAUUGAGGGCAUUGUACAAGAACAAAGCUUGCGCACAUUGUCGAACCGAGUCGCCGUUUGUGAUAUUCACUGACGAUCCUGCCAAACGUUUCCAAGACUUCAAAAGCACCGACAUAAUUCGGACCGAUCCGAACCUCGGAAUCAAAUAUGAGAAGGAUGAGAUCUAUGAAGACACUGUCAUUCUGUUACGUUACAAUUGUCCGGAUAAGGAUUGCGAUGUUGCCUGCAUGGGGUGGCCGGAUUUACAUCGUCACGUCAAGAGCAAGCAUGGAAGAUCUAUGUGCGACCUAUGUACUCGGAAUAAAAAGGUCUUUACACACGAGCAUGAACUUUUCACUAUUGCGCAGCUUCGCAAACAUGAAAAGUACGGAGAUGAUAACCCCGGUGCCAUCGACCAAAGUGGUUUCAAAGGACAUCCCGAAUGUGAAUUCUGUCACGAACGCUUCUACGGCGACGAUGAAUUGUAUGCUCACUGCAGAGACAAGCACGAACGAUGCCACAUAUGUGACCGACAGCCUGGUAAUCGCCGCCAUCAGUACUACAUCAACUAUGAUGCUCUCGAGGAUCACUUUCAGAGAGACCACUUUCUCUGCUUGGAUAAGGAAUGCCUGGAAAAGAAAUUUGUGGUGUUCGAAAGUCAGAUGGAUCUCAAAGCUCAUCAGCUCGAAGCACAUCCCAAUGGACUUUCCAAGGACGCUCGACGAGAUGCACGUACUGUAGACAUCUCAACAUUCGAUUAUCGUGCCCCUUAUCAACCUGGAAGGCAGCGCCGUGGCGAGCGCGAAGGACGUGGCGCCGGCAGAGGACGUGAUCCCAAUGCAGACUCACUUCCAGUCUCAAGCGCGCAGCCUCUACGAAGAGAUGAGCUCGCUUACCAACGACAAAUGGCCAUCCAAAGUGCACAAUCUGUGUCUACUCGAAGCUUCGGUGGACAACUCACCACGCGUGAGCCUCCUGCUGCUCGCACCCUUGCUGGACCUCCACCUGGUCAAACCCCUACCGCAGGCACUCGUACUCCCCCAGUCCCUGUGAAUGCCAUGGAAAAUCUAAGCCUAAACACAUCUCUCUCCCCUCAAGACCAAGCCCGUCGCCUUCGCCAUUCCGCCGUCAUCGAACGCGCAUCCAAUCUCCUCCAAAAUGACGCCACAAAGACCUCCGAAUUCCGCACCAAAGUCUCCAACUACCGCACAUCCCUCAUCUCCGCAACCGAUCUCAUCGAUUCAUUCUUUUCAUUAUUCGACACACCAACCUCAGAAUUGGGGAAGCUAAUCAAAGAACUUGCCGAAAUCUACGAAGAUGAUUCCAAAAAGACCGCCUUGCUAUCAGCAUGGAAUAAUUGGCGAGCCAUCAAUGAGGAUUACCCAGCAUUACCAGGACCGAACGGGAUCCUCCCAGGUUUGUCGUCUGGUACAACGGGCUCCGGUGGGAAAAGAGUAUUACGUCUCAAAUCGUCGACUGCGCAAUCCUCGCGCUCGGCAUACACCCCCAACCCGGCCGUCAAUUACAACUACAUCAUCCUACGCGCGACCCGCACCACGCGCAUCCACAGUCCCGCCCGCGAACAACAGAUCAAACCGCAUUCCGGCUUUACCUGCCGCCCGAAACCGAAUACGUUAAUGGCCGGUCUUACGCGUGGAACUGUGCGAUGGGAUGAUCGUCGAGGUCCUGCUCCGGCUGCUUGGGGUACUGAAAAUACUACUUCGGGUGCUUCGAUGCCGAGGAAUAGCGGUGAUGAUAUUUCUAGUGGGGGGAAGAAAGGGAAGGGAAAGAAGGGGAAGCAGAUUUUAUUUCAGUUUGGUUAG